GAAAGAAAAGCAAAGCCGCGACGGCGGCGGCGGCGGCUAUCUCUUUCCCCGCGACGUUCGGGAUGCAGGAAGGGGCGAAGCUUCCGCGUGAGAAAAUAAAUCGAAAGUGAUGGGGCGGCCUUGGGAGAACGGCCCUCCCCCCUUCUUCUAGGUCAGUCUCGGCUGUUCCUCAUGGCUCUACCCUCUCCCGACUGAACUUGGUAUAAAAGCGACGGCCAGCCCGGUCAUGGUCACCGUCUUUCGUCCAAAGAGAUCCACAAGCACACCAUGAACUCGCACCUGAUCGUGCUGGCGGCGCUGCUGGCGUGCGCUCUGGCCGGUUUGCACCACCAUGGCGGCGGCCACUACCACCACUUCCACCACUACGGCCACGGAGGUUACGGCCACGAGGGCUUCGACUACGGCCCCAAGCUUGUGGAUGUGCGCUACGUCAAGGCACCUGUCACCCGCAUCAAGUACGUGCAGAAGCCGGUGUUCGGCAUUGUCAAGGUGCCCGUGGCCAAGAUUUCGACGGUCAUCAAGCCCGUUGUCCACGUGGAUCACGUGCCCGGCUGGUAGGACUUUUCGCCCACCACUGGUCACCUGCUCUCGACGCGGACAAUCCUUCCCUUCCGGACGCUACUCCACCUAACACCACGUGGUCACUCUCUCACCGUUCCUGCUCUCUCUCCCCCCACUCAACUUGUACAUACGUGUAAAUGCAUCCGUUUUUUAUUUAUUGUGUACAACUGCAUUCAUUCUGUGAAUGGAAUAAAAGCAUAUUUUUACCACACUAAAAUAGGAAA